AUGUCAGGAGUUCACGAUGGGAAGGUUGAGAUCAAGAAGUGUGGAUUGCACAUGGAGAAUGAGGGCGUGACGAUUCUAGCAUUUGAGUUGGACCCACAGAGUGCUCUUGCCGUUGCGCCUGGCAGUGACGUGGAAGGCUCCGUGGUUUUGGCGAUCGAAGCCCUCGCUGGAGUGCAAACGGUGCAUCGUGUGAGCAAGAUUGAUUGA